UAACACCCCGCCGCCGAGUGCAAUGGCGAUAUUGGACAAUAACAGCCGCCGCGUUUGGGGACCGCAGCUUGUAUUAUGUGGCUCCGGUUGAGGAAAACCCGUCGAGCCGGCUGCACGAACACGUUUGAUAUCGGCCACGGAGCGCGAGCGUCUACCUGCGGACCAGGAGAGGUGAUUUCACGUCCCGCGCGCGCGAUGACAGUUUAGACUGGAAAGCCCGCAGGUGCGACGUGUGAACAGACACCAUGGCCACACAGGAACCGUCCCCUCCCUCGUCCAUGGAGAGCAACAAGCCGGGCUUUCCCAAAAAGAUCCUGGGCAACAAGCUAGAGGACAAGCACCUGUGCAACUGCUGCCACAAUAUCCUCCGACGGCCGUUUCAAGCCCAGUGUGGCCAUCGCUUCUGUUCCUACUGCUUCAACAGGACCGUGAGCAAUGGACCUCAGAAAUGCAACGCCUGCAUUAAGGAGGAGAUCUUUGAGGAGACAACAUCGAUUCUGAAACAAGGAUGUGCUUUUCCUGACAACGCGGUUCGGAGGGAAGUAGAAAACCUGUCGGCUGUUUGCAUCAAUGAGAGUUGCAGUUGGAAAGGAAGUAUCAAAGAUUACGAGAUGAACCACGAGGGCAAGUGUGAGUUCAUGAUCAUCCCCUGCCCCUCCUGCAAGGAGCACAUCCGCUUCAACGAGCAGGAGCGCCACAACGAGCGCGAGUGCCCAGAGAGGACGCUCAACUGCAAGUACUGCAAGGAGCCAUUUCACUUCAAAAACAUCAAGGCACAUGAUGAGAUCUGUCCCAAGUACCCGAUGAUCUGCGAAGGCUGCGCCAAGAAGAAAAUACCCAGAGAAAAGUAUGUGGACCACAUUAAAUUCUGCAGCAAAUUCAGAACUCCGUGUCGAUUUCACGUGGUGGGAUGCGACAUGUCUGUGGAGAAGGAAAAGAUUCAUGACCACGAGCGCGCCUACGCCUACGAGCACCUCAACCUGCUGCUGCACUACAUCAUGGGCAUGAAAGUGAGCAUGGAGGGCCUGCAGCCCCAGGGCCUGGAAGUCGCCGGACACAAACUGGUGGAGCUCCAGCAGUCCCUCCGGGAGCUGGAGGCCAGAGUCUCCCAGCUCAGCACCACCUCCUCUGGGCCUCCCGUGCAGGGAGCCGCCGCCGCCGCCGCCGCCGCCGCUCCAUCCUCCUCAUCCUCCAGCUCCGGCCCCCCCGGCCCGCCCUCCUCGGCCCCCCUGCCCCCGCCGCCCACGCUGGCCCCCACCCUGUCCGUGUCCACCUCCUUCACGCCCCUGCCCAGCUCGGUGGGCGCGGCGCUGGAGCUGCAGCUCCACAGCGAGAAGACCAAGGUGGCCGAGCUGGGCCGCAGGUGCACGGAGCUGGAGGUCAAGGCCGGCACCUUCGAGAACGUGGUGUGCGUCCUGAACAGGGAGGUGGAGCGGUUCGCCACCACCAUGGAGGCGAGCAACCGGCAGCAUAAGCUCGACCAGGACAAGAUCGAGGCUCUGAGCAACAAGGUGCGGCAGCUGGAGAGGACGGUGGGGCUGAAGGACCUGACGGUGGCCGAGAUGGAGGGCCGCCUGAGGGAGAUGUCCGCCACCACAUUUGACGGCGUCUUCGUCUGGAGGAUCUCAGACUUCGCCAAAAAGAGACAAGAUGCGGUCGCGGGCCGAGCCCCAGCCAUGUUCUCGCCAGCCUUCUAUACCAGCAAGUACGGCUACAAGAUGUGUCUCCGCAUCUAUCUGAACGGGGACGGGACGGGGCGCGGCAGCCACUUGUCCCUGUUCUUUGUGGUGAUGAGGGGACUCAGCGACGCUCUGCUCAAAUGGCCCUUCAACCAGAAGGUGACCCUGAUGCUGCUGGAUCAGAGCAACCGGGAGCACAUCAUCGACGCCUUCCGCCCCGACGUCACGUCCUCGUCCUUCCAGAGACCCGUGAGCGAGAUGAACAUCGCCAGCGGCUGCCCGCUCUUCUGCCCGCUCUCCAAGCUCGACGCCAAGAACUCUUACAUCCGCGACGACACCAUCUUCAUCAAAGCCAUCGUGGACCUCACGGGGCUCUAGGCGGGCUGCUGCACGGGUGGUAACGGCUAGGGGUGAAAAGCCAGGCAGCUCUGUGACCGUUAGAGGCUUCGCUCGGGCUGAGUCGCGGUCCCUUCAGGGCUCGGUUUGUCCGGGGUGGGGGGCGUCUUGCUGUGCCCCCUUCCUCCGGGAGGCAGAUACAAACACGCUCGCCACUGUGUGCCGCACGCGGCCGUUCAGUCCCGCCGCCAUCCCCCCCCCCCCCACCAACCUCCGUCAUUGCCGUACAUUUCAGGGUGCAAAACGCGGUUUCUUUUGACAUCCCGGCGACGGAAGCGUCACCUCAGCUCUGCACACGAGCUUUUCGGUUGAAGCAGCAGCAGCGCGGCGUGGACGGUGCGGCGCCGAGCAGAGGCUAGAGACGGAGGCGAAAAGACCCAACAGAGUCUUUCUUUAACCUCCCGCUUUUAAGGGUUUGGGUUGUAGAUUUCCAGAUAGUUGGGGUGUGGUCUUUUCUGAUUAAGCUGGCAGUAGAUUUGUGCUAGAGUUAGAGCGUGGUUCGAUGCAGUUUUUGCUUCUUCUUCUUCUUCUUCUUCUUCUUCUUCUUCUUCUUGCAGAUUGUGGAUAUUGUGAGCUUCUCAAUUCCAGUGUCGAGUGAAUUUGCAUAGACAAACGUGGAGUUAUGUUAUGAAUAAGACUACAGCCAGUUUAUUCUUUUCCCUUUGAAGCGACAUGCAUGGCUCCUUGUUUCCAGCCGAGCUUUCCGAGAGGUUCCUCAUUUUGUCGUUUGAACUCGUUAGUGAAUUAGCCAUCCGUGAUGGUGGACAUUGCCUGCAUGUCUCUUUGCAACCAGGCUACUUGCGUGUAAAAGUGAGUGUGUUCGUUCUUACCGGAGAGAGGGAGGAAGGG